AUGGUUCCAUCCAUGUCCACCGUGUAAUAGAUCUUUUGGAUUGGUGUCUUCACUGAAACACCGUCGAGCGAGGACUGAGACAGCUGAGUGAGUGAGUUUAGCAAGUUAGGCUGACAAGAUGUCGUUUACAUUGAGAAGCGUGAAGGUUCCUCCGAACUCGGCGAGUCUGGAGGAGGCAAGGGCUCGUGUUUUCGAUUUCUUUAGAACGGCCUGCAGAUCAAUUCCCCAAAUCGUGGAAAUCUACAAUCUACAGGACGUCGUCACUGUGUCCCAGCUCCGUUCCACCAUCGCCUCUGAGAUUCGCAAGAACUCCAACAUCACCAAUCCCAAGGUAAUUGAUUUGCUGCUUUUCAAAGGAACGGAAGAGCUGAGCAACAUUACAGAGCAUGCAAAGCAGCGCCAUCAUCUUAUUGGCCAAUAUGUCGUGGGUCAACAAGGACUUGUGCAGGAUUUGGACACCAAGGAUCAAGGCAUCUCUGAGUUCCUCAAGAACUUCUACAAGAGCAACUACUUUUAAACUUCAAUGUUUUGUGGACUUCCUUCCCUCUCUUGAGUUUCCGUUUUGAGUAUGGAUCUCCCAAAUAAUAAUAAACUACCGUCUGUGCAUCAUCUGGUGGACAAAACACUUUUUUAGCUUAUGGUUCACUUUCCUGGAACCUAAAUUAUUACCUUUUCUUUUAUGAUUUCCUACUAGGUUUCAUAAAUCAAGAAAUGGGUCUUUUCUUUUGGUGGAAGAA